AUGAGCACCCUCAUCUCCCAGUUCUUUCUUCAUGUUAAAGACAUGAAUGGCUUAUGUGCCAUGUUUAUGGACCCUUUGAAACAAAAUGAGAACAUUCGUUGCUUAACUACUCUCAGCCAUUUUGGGUUUGAAUGUUUGCCUACCCAGUUGGUGAACAGAUCUAUCCAUAAAGGAUUCUCUUUCAAUAUUCUCUGUGUGGGAGAAACUGGACUUGGAAAAACAACACUGAUUAACACCCUGUUCAAUACUAAUUUGAAAGAGAACAAGUCCUCCCAUUUUUACUCAAAGGUUGGACUUAAAGUUAAGACAUAUGAACUUCAGGAAAGAAAUAUUCCACUGAAAUUGACUGUUGUGAAAACAGUGGGGUAUGGCGAUCAAAUAAACAAAGAAGCCAGCUACCAACCAGUAAUUGACUACCUAGAUGCUCAGUUUGAGGCAUAUCUUCAAGAAGAACUGAAGAUUAAGCGCUCCUUGAUUGACUAUCAUGAUUCUCGUAUCCAUGUGUGCCUUUACUUCAUUGCACCCACAGGACAUUCUCUGAAGUCCCUGGACCUGUUAACGAUGAAGAGCAUUGACAGAAAGGUGAAUAUCAUACCACUGAUUGCCAAAGCAGAUGCACUUUCCAAAAGUGAUUUGCAGACGUUUAAGAGCAACAUAAUGAGUGAACUGAUCACCAACGGCAUCCAGCUAUAUCAGUUCUCAACAGAUGAUGAUGAAGCUACAGCUCAAGUAAACACAGUAAAUGGGCUGUUACCUUUUGCUGUGGUAGGGAGUAUGGAGGAGGUGAAAGUUGGAAAAAGAAUGGUCAGAGGCCGUCACUAUCCUUGGGGAGUUUUGCAAGUGGAAAAUGAAAAUCACUGUGACUUUGUGAAGCUCCGGGAUUUGCUUCUUUGUACCAAUAUGGAAGACCUGAAGGAGCAAACCCACAAUCAGCACUAUGAGUGUUACAGGUCCAACAGACUGCAGAAACUAGGCUUCACUGAUGUGGGCCCAGACAAUCAGCCGGUGAGUUUUCAAGAGAUGUAUGAAGCUAAAAGAAAAGAGUUCCAUGAUCAGUGUCAGAGGGAAGAAGAAGAGUUGAAACAAACGUUUAUGCAGCGAGUGAAGGAGAAGGAAGCGACAUUUAAAGAUGCUGAAAAGGAGCUGCAGGACAAGUUUGAGCACCUUAAAAGAAUUCAACAAGAGGAGAUACUGAAACUUGAAGAAGAGAGAAGAAAAUUGGAAGAGGAAAUCAUAGAUUUUUAUAAAACAAAGGCUGCCUCUGAGACAUCACAGACUCAGGCGUGUACCAAUGUAAAGAAAGAGAAAGAGCGUAAGAAAUAG